GGCGCACUGCUGGCCGUCGCCCGCAGAAACACCGUCGUGUACACACAAUUCCAAUUCGAACGGCGGAACCGACAGGACGUACGUGCGUACGUGCGUGCAUACCCCCUUUUUCGCUUUUCGUUAGGAAACUGGCAGCAAAACAAACAACAAACACAAAACGGGGUGUGCAAACAAAACAGUUCGAGUGCGGUGUACUGGCGAAACAAAUCCAGCAUGACGUGCGAAUUGUGAGCGAUUCAACACGAUCAGUACGGGGUUUGCCGUUUUCGCGGUGCACUUUUUCCACUAUCAAAGCGGCUUGAACGGAGGAAAAACCAGCGGUUUGGUGUUUGGCGCGCGCUCGCUGCAGUUUGCCAGCGCACGGUACAUAUAUGUGUGUGUGCAUGUGUUAGUGUGGUGAAACAAUAAAAUGUACGCAAUGCACCCUUUACGUAUUUUGCUGUCGGCAAACGAUGCAGCUAAAAAUGCGAUAAUACAACUCAGUGUGUAUGCGUGUGCCUUGUGUUUUUAAACAAGCCGUGCAGUGUUGGCUGCUACCGGGCCAGGAGCACUUGUAUGCUUGUGUGCGUUGUGCAAAAAAGUGUGUCCAUCAGCAUACCGGGUCGCUGUGUUUUUAGCCCUACCUGUCUCGCAAGCCAAAAUGUAAACCACUCGUUGGAAAUUGUUUAAAAACCCCCCACAAUACUAACCCCCAAAAAAGGUUCACGAAUGGUAGCAUUGGAGCGCUUCCGUACCACGCUGUGCGAGUGAUUGUUUUAUGCGAGAGCAUUUCACCCCGGUUUAACACCCCGGAAGAACCAGCAGUCAGUGUGUGAGUGUGUGUGUGUGUGUGUCUUUGUUGCUUCUGUGUAGGGUGUGCAAAAAAAAAGAAGCAAGGCCCGCUCACCACGGAACCCUUUUUCGGUCGGAAGGGUCGCCGCGGGUUCUACCCCCGUUUUUUGUACCGGCGGCAGGAAAAUCCGGUUUUCGUGCAGCGAACGGAUCGGCCUGUGUCAAAAGUGUGUGCGUACGUGCGUUUCAGUGUGAGUGUCCGGUGUGCGUGUGUGCAGUUACCGUCCCAGUUCCAGGCGUUGCAUUUUUGCAGAUUGCUGGUGCAUCCCGGUGCAAAUUGCAUAAAGAGCCCGCGCGCGCUCACACGCUCCGUAACCGAGUGCAACAGCUGGUGAGCAUCGAAUAAUUUGCCUACCGGUGGCUUUGUGUGUGUGAGAGAGAGAGAGAGAGUGGGAGCAAAAAGAUGCGCCAAGCAGUGCAGAGCCUGCUGCACACGUGAUUUUUGCACGACCGAGGUGCGUGCGUGCGAAGUAUUUGUGUGGCCAGUGCUACGAUCCUUUUUGUGCCUAUUCCCGCGCGAAUAGGUAAAAGUGUAUCGGUGUCCGUGUGUGUGUGUGUGUGUGUUUGUAAAAAAAUAAUAAUAUUUAGCGAAUAAGUUGAAAAAAAAGCCAAUCUUCUUCUCGCCACCAUGUGCGACAGUGAGUGUGUGGCUGCUCCGGCCGUAGUGUCCCCGCUGGCACCGCCGCCCACGAACGGGAUGCCGACGGCGGUGUCGCCCAGCGCCGUCGACCCCUCCCACAACAUUGGCAGUCUGGUCGAAGCGAUCAACCCGGCAGUACAGCUGGCCAGCUCGCUGUCCGCGCACUCGAUGCACGCGGCGCCGAUGCAGCCGGAAGGGCAGCCCGGGCCGGCGAUCGGUGCCGGCGAGUACGUGUCCGCCCAGGAGCUGGAAAUGGAAAACCACUGGCUGCGGGAAAAGCUGAAGGAAGUGUCCGCCGACCGGGAUCGGUUGCUGUGCGAGGUGGCGAACCUGCGGCUCGAGCUCGAUAUGGCCGAACUGAAGCGGCUACCGGAACACAGGUGAGCACAUUGAGAAGUUCAUUUUUCUGAAGAUAAACUACGGUAAUGACGAUGGAGUUUAAUGCAGAUGCCAGUUCUUUGGAGAUAUUCUGCAAGAAUAUCUCGGACAAGUAGGUAACCUGUUAAAAGGUGGUCAGCAAAUGAAAUCUUUCCGAGGCAAGCCUGCACCAACCUCUACCAAUAGGAGCAUUGUGUACUUCCUGAUAAGCAAGCUGGUCGGUCAAGGUCACCGACGUUAGUCGUGGGUAUCGCAAGACUGCGUAAUACCUCCAAGCAUCUUGUAAACUGUUUUCAUGCUAGUGCCAUGUCUGUCUAGUCUACCAUUGCACCUAAAACUGUCUGACAAGAAGUGUAACAAAUUCCUCUCAAUGGUUAAAACAUCACCCGAAACCUACCAACUGUGACCACAUUCGGACGCCAU